GCCGGCCAAUGCAGUGUGUAGGGCCCGGAGUCCAGACCGACGUCAACAUGAACGGGGUGGCGGAGCAGGUGGACAUCCUGCCGCCCAACUGCAUGGUGAAGGAGCGAUGGAAAGUGCUCAAGAAGAUUGGGGGAGGGGGAUUUGGGGAAAUCUACGAGGCUCUGGACCUGCUGACACGGGAGAAUGUGGCGCUGAAGGUGGAGUCGGCGCAGCAGCCCAAACAAGUGCUCAAGAUGGAGGUGGCCGUCCUCAAGAAGCUCCAGGGGAAGAACCACGUCUGCAAGUUUAUCGGAUGUGGACGCAACGAGAAGUUCAAUUACGUGGUCAUGCAGUUGCAGGGGAGGAACUUGGCUGAUCUGAGGCGCAGUCAGCCGCGAGGGACCUUCUCCAUGAGCACAACGCUGCGGCUGGGCAAGCAGAUCCUGGAGUCCAUCGAGGCCAUCCACUCAGUGGGCUUCCUGCACCGCGACAUCAAGCCUUCGAAUUUCGCCAUGGGUCGGCUGCCGUCGACAUACAGGAAGUGCUACAUGCUGGACUUUGGCCUGGCCAGGCAGUACACCAACACCAGUGGGGAGGUGCGGCCGCCUAGAACGGUGGCAGGUUUUCGAGGCACGGUCCGGUAUGCCUCUGUCAAUGCUCAUAAAAACAAAGAGAUGGGGCGCCAUGAUGACCUAUGGUCCCUCUUUUACAUGCUGGUGGAGUUCACUGUUGGUCAGUUACCGUGGCGAAAAAUUAAGGAUAAGGAACAAGUAGGCCAGAUUAAAGAACGCUACGAACACAAGAUGCUGCUCAAACACAUGCCGUCUGAAUUCUACAUCUUCCUCGAUCACGUGCUUGGCCUGGACUACUACACAAAACCCGAUUAUCAGUUGCUGAUGUCCGUGUUUGACAUGAGCAUGAAGGACAGGAGCAUUACUGAGAACGAGCCGUACGACUGGGAGAAGACGGCCACGGAGCCUCUCCUCUCCACCAGCAGCUCCCCCGCCCCGCCCCAGCAGAACACCAGGCAGACUGCUGCAGUGGCAGGAGUGGUGAACGUGACGCCGGUGCCCGGGGAGCUUCCUGCGAACACGGAUGACGUGCUGCAAGACGAGCACCUAAGUGACCAGGAGAACGCUCCACCCGCUCCAGCCGCCGCCACCAGGCCCGGCGAGGCCGCCCAUGCGCCGCCCGAGGGAGGAGGAGGAGAGGCCUGGGACGACACCGACUUCAACCGCAACAAACUCAGGAUCAGCAUCAGCAAGACACAGAUGGCGUACGACGAGGAAGGGGGAGCGGCCGGCUCGGCGGAGGCCAAAGGCGGAGCUCCGGAGUCCCCCAGCGGACAGGCGCGCGCCCUCAGGUACCGCCGGGUUAACAGCCCCGAGUCUGAUCGCCUCUCUGGGGCCGAUGGCCGAGGAGAUGCCGGCGAUAGGCGGUCUCGCAUGGAUAUCCUGUGCUCCCCGUCGCGUGCGGUCUUCUCCUCGCAGCCGGCCCAGAUGCUGUCGCUGGAGGCGGGCAUGGCGGGCGGCGACCGCGGGCACUGCACCAGCGGGCGGCAGGGCGACGCCUCGGUGGACGCUGAUCAGGAGGCGCACAGCAACGCCUUCAUCCACUCGGUGCCCCUGGCCGAGGAGGAGGACUUUGACAGCCGCGAGUGGGUCAUCAUCGACAAGGAGAUGGAGCUGAGAGACUUCCUGCCGGGGGCCCCGGGCCCCGAGCCCACCACCUCGGGCACCACCGACGAGGAGCCAGAGGAGCUGAGGCCCCUGGACGACCACCACCACCACCAUCACCACCACGAGGGCCGCAGGAGAGCCGGUGCCGGGCCGGGGGCCGUGGGCGGACAUGAUGGCAUGGGGGUGGUGGUGCGGCCCAAGACUCACUCAGCCGAGCGGCUGCAGCGCAUGAUGGCCCUCAACGAGGGGGGCGAGGGGCCCAGUCCUGCACAUUCGCCAUGUCACUCACUGCCUCACACCGGCCCCAGGAGGAGGGAGUCAGAGCCCUUUGGACCCCACAGACAGGGUGUCCAUGAAGACCACCCUCACGUUUCCCUGGCCCAGACGACGAGGCCAAAGCGUGUGGACUUCCUGUCGGGCGUGCUGACAUUUGCGGUGCCGCGGGACGCGUGCGUGGAGGCCGCUGGCUCCGGCAGCGACAGCCCCAAGAGCAGUGAGGGAAGCCCAGAGAACGCAGUGUCCACCCUGCUGGCGCCGCCGCACAAUAAAGAGCCUGACCAGGAAGACGCAUCUCGCACCCUCGUUCUGGCUUCCCCUGCCAACGGCCUGGGCUCGGGCUCUCCCGGCAACGGCCUGGUCUCCCCUGCCGACGGACAGGCCACGUUCCCCGCCCUGACGCCGCAGAGCGAGCGACCAGCUGCACCGACGCAGCAGCAGCCCGACGAAUCGGAGCCCGGAACGCCGUCUUACAUCAUCCGCUCUGAACCCCGUCCCAUCAUCGCCAUGCCGACUGUCAGCAUGGUGUCGAGCUCUGGCGGGACCUCCUCACCGCCGUUCACCAAAGUGGAGCGUACGUUCAUCCACAUCGCAGAGACCUCGCACCUCAACGUUAUGACGUCAUCGGCACGGCUCUCUGGCUCUCUUGAUGAGGAUACGGCAGUGGUGGUGGUGGCCGGGCGUUACGAGCCGCGGAGAGAAGUGAGAGAUGAUGCAGACGAGCAGAGGAAAGAAGAAGAAGAAGAAGAAGAAGAAGAAGAAGUAGUAUUAGAAGAAGAAGUUAAGGAGGAGAGUGAGGGUAAGGAAGAAGAGAGUAGGAGUGAAGAGGUAGUGCAUAAACAACAAGAGGUGCUAGAAAAAGAGGAGGAGGAAGAGGAAGAAGAGGGGAAGGAGGAAGACGAAGAUGAGGAGGACCAAAAGGAGGUAGAGUCAGAAGAUAAAGAGGAAUUAAGAGCAGAGGGAAAUGCCAGGGAAGAGGAAGAGAAAGAGGAGGAGGAAGACGAUUACUCAGGAAGACAUGAUGAAGAUGUAGAGUGUGAUGCUGAGGUUCUGGAGGAGCAGCCAGAGAACAUUGGAGAGGAGAUCUCGGAGAAACGCAGUGAGGACAGAAAGAAAGAGAAAGGGAGUGAGAAUGUCCCAGAAAUAGAGGAUGAUGAAAGCAAAGAGAAUUCCCCAGCUCCAGAGGGGGUGGAACAACUGCAAACUGCUGUCCAAUCAGAGCCUUCCAUUCUUGCAGCAGAGGACCCCGUUGUGCAGAACAUUCUAGAAACCGAUGUAGAGACUGAUUUAGAGGGGAAGCCAGAAGAGGUGGCUACACCAUGCGUUCAGCAAGAAGAGGACAAUGAGGAUCAGACCAGGGCGCUCGCCGCCAUUGGCUCACAGGGAGAAGAGGAAGAGAUUCGGGAAGCGGUGUGUCUGGACAGUGACACUCAGACUGUGGUUGGUGCAGAGGCUAAAGGGGCGGGGCUUGUCGAGGCGGGCGCCACGCCAAGACGUCAGCGGAGGAGUCGUAUUCCAGUUCCCGUGUCAGAGGAGGAGAGCGGCUCCGAACGCUCCUCUCACAGGGGCCGCGGUGACGGUGGCUCACCACGUCGCCACCCCAAGACCCCCAGACCCGACCUGGCGCGACUGGUUCUCGAGCGCAGGCAGAGCCGCCACAGGCACCCCCAGGGUGCCUCCGCAUCCUCUCAGAGCCUGUCCACCACGGCCUCAGAGGACGACACCCACAGAUCGGACGAGUCUGCUGCCAGGGCCACCAGGGAGAGGGGCCGACCCAUGGCCGCCGCAGAGGGCCAGAGAAGGAGCCAGAUCCCAAGGCUGGUCACCCCUGUGAGGAGACCCUUGUCUGCCCCUGUGACCACUACGGCUGUGGCACCCCCAAACCCCCACAGUGUCCCCCCAAACUCCCAAGCAACAAAACCAACCUCUUCUGUGCGCAGGGUACGGAAAAGCGUCAAUGCUGCCGGUCCAUCGACCAAGAGCUCUCAGUCUCCGGCUCCGCAGGGCCGCCCUCUCCCAGUGUCGGGCCCCGCUCUGCUCCGAGGAAAUGCUCCACGUGGGGGCUCGCGGGCAGCAGCAGCAGCAGCAGCAGCAUCCCAGACCACCAGGCGCAGCCACAGCACCUCCCCACGGAGCUUCUCCACCUCCCGCACCGACAGCCCCUCCCCCCAGCACUGCCGACGCCAGCCGCUACGCACCACCUCCACCACCACCACCACCACUGCAACAGCCACGGUCAGCAGACGCCAGGCCAUUGCUCUGCGGCCCACCUCCACGCCCCCUCCCAGGAACAGAGGCCACAAGGAGCAGUUGCCCGCCGCCACCGCCACCGCCACCGCCACCACCAAGAGGAGUAGACCUCUGGCUGCUAAAGGGAAGCGAGAGGCAUCGGAAGCCAAAACAGCUGGCAGAUAAUAACCUCAUGCAUACCCUAUACGCUAUAUAAAUGCCCUCCCGUUCCAGCCCCCCAAACGUCUUAUGUUAUAACAAGGCGCCCCUGGGGAACAAACACAGUUCCCUACCACCGUACACAUCCUCAGAGAUUAAAAAAAAGAGAUAUUUUGUCAGACCUGACCAAGCGAUUGGGAGUUGGUGUGACGAUCCUAUCUGUUUAAAAAAAAAAAACAAAACAAAAAAAACAGCUGCUUGUCAAUCCGGAUGUGGACGAUGUUUUUCCAUGCACGCACCUGCAUUGCGCACACGUACAGUACAUACAGUUGUUGACCUUGAGGUGUGUGUGUGUGUGUGUGUGUGUGUGUGUGUGUGUGUGUGUGUGUGUGUGUGUGUGUGUGUGUGUGUGUGUGUGUGUGUGUAUGUGUAUGUGUGUGUGUGUGUGUGUGUGUACGCGUGCGUGUAUGUGUGUGUGAUUGAAUUAAUUAGCUGGUGUGUGUGUGUAAGAGAUAGAAAAAAAAUGACGGGUGUGUGCUUGUCAGUUCAGCACACCUCACUUGCCUUAAUGAAAUAUGCUUUGUAUUGAAACUCCACUGUCACAAAUGCUUCCAGUAGAAUCGAGUCAUCGUGUCAGACAAAGGGGACCUCCUCAUCCACA